UUGAAGUUGGCAUUUCAAAAAUCUGAACCAAAGUGCGCGGGCGCCGAACACCUCCCCCGGCCGCCGCAAGUUCAAAUCCAAAAUCAGGAAUCCCACCGACGAGAAGCAUAUGAGAAUUUGUUAAUUAUGGCUUCCAAAGAAACCUGCAGAACCGAGCUCCGCGCCGCCGUGCGCCACCUCAGCGAGCGUGGCCUCCACUCCGCAGCCAAAUGGGCAGCGGAGCAGUUGAUGGGGAUAGAGCAAGACCCCUCGAAGCACACGCCGUCGCACACCAGAUUCCAGCGCGGCAGCUCCAGCAUCCGCCGCCGCUUCCGCACGGCCACCCCCGCGGAGUCCUCCGCCACCCCUUCUGCCGGAGUGUCUUAUGUGAUGACGCCGUCGCUUGUGGCAGCUGAGGAGUACGAUUAUGAUCUGAUGGACAGUGAUUUUUAUUUGCUGGCCAAGUCUUAUUUUGACUGCAGGGAGUAUAGGAGGGCUGCCCAUGUGCUUAGGGAUCAGACCGCCAAGAAAGCCAUCUUCUUGCGUUUCUAUGCGCUUUAUCUGGCCGGAGAAAAGCGAAGAGAAGAAGAGAUGAUAGAGCUCGAGGGUCCUCUUGGAAAGAGUGAUGCUGUGAACAGCGAACUGCUUUCACUACAGAGAGAAUUGUCAACCCUUCAUAAAAACGGAACAAUCGACGCUUUUGGUCUUUAUGUAUAUGGCCUUGUCCUUAAGGAAAAAGGAAGUGAGAAUCUGGCGAGGUCCGUGUUUGUGGAAUCUGUCAAUAGCUAUCCCUGGAACUGGAGUGCUUGGUCUGAGCUGCAGACGUUAUGCACCACAAUUGAGGCAUUGAACAGUCUUAAUCUCAAUAAUCAUUGGAUGAAGGAUUUUUUCCUUGCUAGUUCUUACCAGGAACUCCGGAUGCACAACGAGGCCCUGGCCAAAUACGAAUAUUUACAAGGAACUUUUAUUUUCAGCAAUUACAUCCAAGCCCAAAUAGCCAAGGCUCAGUAUAAUCUCAGGGAGUUCGAACAGGUGGAAGUUAUAUUCGAAGAACUUUUAAGAAACGAUCCUUAUAGGAUCGAGGACAUGGACAUGUAUUCCAAUGUGCUAUAUGCGAAAGAAUGUUUUUCUGCCCUAAGUUAUCUGGCUCACAGGGUGUUUCUUACAGAUAAAUACAGGCCGGAGUCUUGCUGCAUCAUUGGUAACUAUUACAGUUUGAAAGGGCAGCAUGAGAAGUCUGUGAUGUACUUCCGAAGGGCACUUAAAUUGAACAAGAACUAUUUGUCAGCAUGGACCCUUAUGGGUCACGAGUACGUUGAGAUGAAGAACACUUCUGCUGCAGUUGAUGCCUACCGUCGUGCAGUAGAUAUAAAUUCAUGUGAUUAUCGAGCGUGGUAUGGAUUGGGGCAAGCAUAUGAGAUGAUGGGAAUGCCCUAUUAUGCUCUCCAUUACUUCAAGAAGUCAGUGUUCUUGCAGCCAAAUGACUCUCGGUUGUGGAUAGCUAUGGCUCAGUGCUAUGAAACCGAACAACUUCAUAUGCUCGAGGAGGCCAUCAAAUGCUAUGAACGUGCAGCAAAUUGUAAUGACAGGGAAGCCAUCGCCCUACAUCAGCUGGCGAAGCUUCACUCUGAACUCGGUAGAAAUGAAGAGGCUGCAUUUUAUUACAAGAAGGAUUUGGAGAGGAUGGAAGAUGAAGAGAGGGAAGGGCCGAACAUGGUUGAAGCACUGAUGUUCCUUGCCCAACACUGCAAAACUCAGAAGAAAUUUGAUGAAGCCGAGGUUUAUUGUACGCGUCUUCUUGACUACACUGGCCCGGAGAAGGAAACUGCCAAGAGUCUUCUUCGUGGAAUAAGAUACGCAAGGGAUGUUGAGCACUUCCCGCCAUAACUUUCUUCCACUUCCCAAAGCACUCAAGUUCAUAGGAAGCAGAGGAUUUCCAGCACUUCAAUUAGGUGACGGCGUUGGUGUAUUUAUUAUUGAGUUUCUAUUUUAGUAAGUAUAGAUUUAUUCAGUAGCUUUGUCAUGCAUCAUGUGUAAGUGAAAUUCCAAUUCAUAGCUCCAAAAUGUUCAUUUUGUAACAAUAUAGCUGUUAGAAUUUGGCAGUUGAAUCAUUAUGCAAAAUACAAAAAUGCUUUCUUUA